ACAGCGCUGUGGUUACUUGAUCUCACAGGGAGCAGAGACAUCAGGGUCCAUGGUCAACAUGGACAGGGAAGACUCACACCUGAGUCUCCGCCAUGAAUUUUUCAUUGUCCGACAGCGAGGGAGACAACAUGCUUCAAAGUGACUUGUUAUGGGCUGAAAAAGGGAGAAAAUGAUGAACUUCAGGAGAUUGUGUGUUUGUUCCCAUCGAUCCUCCUUCGUGGUUUUUCUGGUGUUUGGAGCAUGUUUCCUGUUUUACCACAUGGACUUAAAUGAAGUAGUGCCUGAGUGGGACCUUAAAUGGACCAAAACUGUAAGAAAUCAUGGAUUAAAUGUUACUGCAGACAACAGGACUGAUCCUAGAUCUACAUCUGAGCCCAACACUACUGCUGAGAGUCAGAACAUGACAUCAACACAGGAGGCCGACCCCUCUACACCACAGCAGACUGCACAUCCUUCAGUGGUGGAUCAGAACCCAGCUGUUCCUGAUGUAUCUCUUAAACCAUACUUAGUGGAAUACCCCUACAAGUACAACUUCCUCAUGAACGAGCCUCAGAGAUGUGAGCAGGAGAAGCCCUUCUUGGUCCUCAUGGUCCCUGUGGCCCCCCACAACCGGAAGCACAGAGACGUGAUCCGCAGCACCUGGGGAGGCCAGAGCUCGGUCCUGGGCAAAGAGCUGAGGCUGUUCUUCCUGCUGGGGCUGCAGACCGGAGACGGGGCCGAGCUGCUGCGAGAGCAGCUGCUGCAGGAGAGCAAAGAGCACCAAGACCUGAUCCAGAGCGACUUCCUGGACUGCUACAAGAACCUGACCAUCAAGACCAUGGUGAUGCUGGAGUGGCUGGACUCUUACUGCUCCAGCGCAUCUUACGCCAUGAAGAUCGACUCAGACAUGUUUCUGAAUGUCCCAAACCUCAUCAAGAUGCUCCUAGAGGCUCCAAAGACAAACUACUUGUCCGGAUUUGUGGAACGUCAAGGUGGGGUGCGUAGAGAUAAAUACUCUAAGUGGUACAUACCUGAGGAGCUUUACUCUGAACCAGUGUUACCACAUUAUGCUCUGGGUCUGGGCUACGUUUUAUCUUUAGACCUCCCAAAAAAGCUGGUGGAGGCAUCCAGACACGUUAGAGCUCUCUACAUUGAAGAUGUGUAUUUGGGUUUGUGCAUGAAGCAUGCAGGGAUCCCUCUGACUGACCCUCCAAGUGGGAACUACUUCCACUUUUUUCCGAAGCCGUACAGCCGCUGUGAUUUCUCCCAGAUAGUCGCCACCACAAUCAAUGAAAACAUGGACAGAAUAUGGCUUUGGAACGACUUUAACAGACCCGGCCCGUACUGCUGAGACGUUCACGACCUGUUGAUUGUUGUAAAUAAGUGUUAAACAGUGCAUGAAGCAGAUGUGGAGCUCCUGUUGUUCAGGUUAAAUCUAAAUGUAGGAAUCUGAGGAGAAAACUCAAAAAGUUCAACGUGUUUUACAUAUAUAUACUAAUACUAUAUAUACUUUAUAGUAUAUAUAAGUACAAAGCUGAGUGUUUAAAUCUUUUACGCAGCACUUCAUGUUUAUUUGAAAGGAAACAUUUGAGGUUUAGACUCCGUCAUAGUGUCUCAACCCUGAAUUUUACAAACUUCACAAACUUCAAGCACAUAAGAGGCACAGUUUGUCUCUGAGUCACUAUUGGGCUCCUCUCUUAAAAAGACAAGCAGCCACUGAAGGCGAGUGGGAACACGUUUGGACAUUCAGGAAAACCCAGGAUGGUGGUUUCCACCCUCAGAGCAAAUAGUUUGUCACUGUUUUUGUUUGAAAAGAGUCAGAACUGUGAGGAGUGUGCAGGUUUGAGCUGCAGUGACCAGGUGUUUCUACCUAGAACUGUAAUAUCCUCUUUUUUUGCACAGCUAUUUGCAAUGUUCAUGAAGGAAAACUAAAAUUCAUACAGUAUAUCGAGGGUUUGGAGCCAGAAGGGCGUAAGUGGCAUUUUGGGCGAAUAUGAGUUCCAUACAUCAAAAUAAAGGUCUUGAUGAGCUCUAUCCAAUGGUGCCAAAAAGACCUAUCUGAGAUCAAAUUGCAUUGAAUAAACCAACAAAACAAUAUAGACCUAACACAAAAGUGUCAGUAAUGUUUGGUCAGAGUUGGUUUUGAAUGUAUUUCAUCACAAGUGUGAUCAUGAUAAGACAUAAUCAUGCCUUGAAAGCCUUCCCUUGUUAGCCUAGACUAACAUGGCUAACAUUAAUCCCGUUGUUUUGGUCUGAUCUUGCAAUGGGAGUAUUCCUCACACAUACAGUCCCCUCUAAAGGUAUUGGAAGGGCGUAAGUCCUUAGUUACGCCCUUCUGACUCUGAAAAAUGUAGGGUGUAGGAUGUAGGACCACAUGUUAAUUCAGAGCCAGAAGGGCGUAAGUGUAGUUGGUGCCCUUAAACUGCAUUCAAAAUAGCUGACACAAUUGCAGACAUGGAACUGUCUGAGGCAGAAAAGAUUUUGAUUAAUAUUAUAAAACAUACUAGUGAAUCCUAUAUUGAAGAAGUUAAGUCAGAGUUGGUUUUGAAUGUAUUUCAUCACAAGUGUGAUCAUGAUAAGACAUAAUCAUGCCUUGAAAGCCUUCCCUUGUUAGCCUAGACUAACAUGGCUAACAUUAAUCCCGUUGUUUUGGUCUGAUCUUGCAAUGGGAGUAUUCCUCACACAUACAGUCCCCUCUAAAGGUAUUGGAACAGCAAGGCAAGGCCUUUGCAAAAGGCAAAAGCAAAGCAAGGCCCUUGCUUUUGGUUUUCACUGAAGACAAUUUGGGUUCAAGAUCAAAAGAAGAGUAUGAGACGAGUUCAGAAUGUCAGCUUUUUGUCAGCCUGUUCCAGGUUUCAACCCAGGCCAAAAAAUAGACUUUGCAGAGUUAUUUGAUGUUUGAACAGUCAACCUGACGAGAAACACCUGUCAGUCACAUGUCCCAUUACUUUUGCUCACCUAAAACUGCUGUGGUGUAAUACAAAUGGUGAUAAAAGCCGAUAUACUGAACUUUUCUCUCACACUCAUAUUUUGAUCUUAAACCCAAAUGUCUUCAGUGAACAACAAGGGAAUUUGCCUGUUCCAAUACUUUUGGGGGGAACCGUACGCACAGUUCUACAAUGCUUUGACAGUGAGUGGAACUAAACAGACUAGUGAACAGAAAAGCAAAUAAGACGUGACAUUAUUCUUUGGAUGAGGUCAAUGAAAAGAAAAGUGAAAUGAGUAAAAAGUAUAUAGUAUAGUAUUGUACUGUAUAACUCAUGAUUUGCCAAUCAGAAGUGGGUUUAGCAAGUUCAUUGACUUUUAUUGCUGUCUGUACCGUUCAGCAGAUGUCCAGAAUAAAAAAUUGAAAUUAGAAAAAAAAGAAUGUUAAAGUUAAAAGAAAAUUAAUUACUUAUUCAAGUGUUAAUUAUUCAAUUGAUUCCCCUUUUUACCAAUUAUUGUCUGCAUUGUUCAGCAGAUACGCCCAAUAUACCCAUAGAAGACUUGAAAUGUUUGGUGCCAAAAAGGCAUAUUUGACGUUUUUGCCAUAUUUUUUGGAUUUUAAAAUGUUUUAGAACAUGUUCAUUGUGUUAAUAUGCUAUCAGUUUAUUCCUUAAAUACUCAUUCAUAUAAAAAAGUUUGUGGUUGCAAUGUUGUGGUUCAAGGUUAAUAAAUACAGUUGAUUGAAGUGUGGUCAAAAUCUUGUUUUGUCUCUCCUGUAAAAUUUGUCAAAUGCCACUUACGCCCCUCUGGCUCCAAACCCUCGAUAUAUAUAUAUAUAUAAAUAUUUAAUGCUAAGACAUUUACAGAAAUCCUGUUAGGGAUUACACAUGACACAUGCUUUUAGUUUCAGAUAAAAGUAUGAUAUUAAAGAAUCUUUCUGCCAGACAAACUGAGAACGGGUCUUCCAUUCCUCUGAUGUGUGGUGCAUCUCUGUGUCAUUGCACCACUGUUUUCCUCUCAUGAGCACUGAGGACUAUUGUUCACAAGGUUAAGGGGUUAAUUUUGGUAUUAUUUAAUUUGCAUUUCUUUUCCAUCACACCACAGAUAUGAUUCAAUGUGCUGCUUCAACACUGUGACACAGCGUAAUUGUAUACAGGGUGCAUAACUUAGAAAAGAUAUUUUUCUAUUGUUAUGAAGUGUGUGGACGCUCACGGGGGUAAUUUAUAUAUUAAUAAAGAUUGCCCUGUAAA